ACAUAAAACAAAUUCGACAUAUCCAACAGAGAAACUGCGAGAGACUCCGUGAAAAAGGGGGAAGAUGGCGAUGGAGGGAAGAAGACAUGAAAAGGAGAGAGACAUCGAUGAUUUGCCGAAAAACGAAGCAAACUACACAGCACUAACUCCACUUUGGUUUUUGAAAAGAGCUGCUCUGGUUCACCCCCACCGUAGGUCGGUUGUGCACGGCUCCGUUCAGUACACAUGGCUUCAAACUUACCUGCGUUGCUGCCGAUUAUCCUCCGCUCUUUCCAAACACUCCGUCGGAUUCGGUUCAACGGUAGCAGUGAUUGCACCCAACAUUCCAGCCAUGUACGAAGCUCAUUUUGGAGUUCCAAUGAGUGGAGCAGUCAUAAAUGCAGUAAACAUUCGUCUAAACGCUCCAACAAUCGCCUUCCUUCUAGAACACUCAGCAUCCGCAGUCAUAAUGGUGGAUCAAGAAUAUUUCAAAGUAGCUGAAAAAGCUUUAAAGAUUCUACAAGAAAAAAUAAAAACCAAUUUCAAGCCCCCAAUUCUAAUUGUCAUCAAAGACAAAAGCAGUGAAUGUGAUCCAAACAAUCUGCAAUAUGCUAUAGCAAAAGGCGCAAUUGAAUACGAGAAGUUUCUAGAAUCCGGUGACCCUGAAUUUAUAUGGAAACCACCACAAGAUGAGUGGCAUAGUAUUGCUUUGGGGUAUACUUCGGGCACAACAUCAAGCCCUAAAGGGGUGGUUUUGCAUCAUCGAGGCGCUUACCUGGCAGCCACUAGUAAUGUUGUGGUGUGGGGUAUACCGGAAGGAGCCGUGUACCUUUGGACUUUGCCUAUGUUUCAUUGCAAUGGUUGGUGUUUCACUUGGACUCUCGCUGCUAUUUGUGGGACCAACAUAUGUCUUAGACAGGUGACAGCGAAAGGUGUAUACUCUGCAAUAGCCAAUCACGGUGCCACACAUUUUUGUGCCGCCCCGGUGGUUCUCAACACGAUAGUCAACGCACCGCCCAAAGACACCAUCCUCCCACUCCCCCGCAAAGUCCAUGUCAUGACGGCUGGAGCGGCCCCACCGCCAUCUGUCCUCUUCAAAAUGUCCCAAAAUGGGUUCCGUGUAACACACACAUACGGCCUCUCAGAAACCUACGGUCCGUCAACAAUAUGCGCGUGGAAGCCCGAAUGGGAUGACCUCCCGCCCGAAACACAAGCGAAACUAAACGCUCGCCAGGGUGUCCCUUACACAGCCUUGGAAGGGCUAGAAGUAAUGGACACCAAGACAUUCCGACCGGUCCCGUCAGACGGGACCACAGUCGGAGAAAUCGUGUUCCGUGGGAACAUCGUAAUGAAAGGGUAUUUAAAAAACCCAAAAGCAAACACCGAGGCGUUUGCCAAUGGUUGGUUUCACUCUGGUGACUUAGCUGUGAAGCAUCCGGAUGGGUAUAUUGAGAUUAAAGAUAGGUCGAAGGAUAUUAUUAUAUCGGGAGGUGAGAAUAUUAGUAGUGUUGAGGUUGAAAAUACAUUGUAUCAACAUCCGAUGGUUGGUGAAGCUUCGGUGGUGGCUAGACCGGAUACAAGAUGGGGUGAAUCACCGUGUGCAUUUGUGACUUUAAAAGAAGGGAUUGGAGAAUAUGAUGAAGGUAAAAUUGCGGAUGAUAUUAUGAAAUUUUGUCGUUCGAAAAUGCCGGCUUAUUGGGUGCCAAAAUCGGUUGUUUUUGGUCCGUUGCCAAAGACUGCAACGGGAAAGGUUCAGAAACAUUUGUUGAGGGCGAAAGCGAAGGAGAUGGGGCCUGUUAAGAUGAGUAAGUUGUGAAGAAGUUUAUGUUUUAUUGUGUUGUAUAUAGAUUGGAGAGAUGAAUAAAAGUGUAUUAAACUUGAAUGGUUGAGAUUUGUUAUAAAUUGUUGUAUUGAUGUAUUGGUUUGUUUUA